CUUACUCACACACACACACAUAUACACACAGUGCUGCAAACACACAACACUCACUACUGCCGAGCAGCACUCGCACUUCCUUCACUCCAAGGGGACACAACAAAGCUGCGGGGGUGACACUCACAUUGUCACACAUAUGUACACAGGAACAGCACCCGCAUAGACAGCAUUCUUCUACAGAUAUUUCUACAUAUACACACUUACAUAUUGUAUCCAUACAUUCAGGACUCUGUGACUCUGGGCCCCCGGGACCCCCAACAGAAUAUGACAACAGGACCCUGAUAGUUGUUGUACACAAUGUCUUCUCGUGACAGACGCCCAGAUCUUUGCAUCAAGGCUGAACCAGGGACACCAGAAAGCAUUGGGCGUCGGAGUCCAAGUGGCUCCAGUGACAGUAGCGGUCAUGGACCAGACCCUCCAGGGCAACGCUGCUGCAGAGAUGAGGAGCAAGAUGAUGUUUCAGGCCGUGGAAAAUAUGUCCUGAACUCCAUUCCCAAACGUCUUUGCCUGGUGUGUGGAGAUGUGGCAUCAGGCUAUCACUAUGGUGUUGCCUCAUGUGAGGCAUGCAAAGCCUUCUUCAAGCGCACCAUCCAAGGCAAUAUCGAGUACAGCUGCCCAGCCAGCAAUGAGUGUGAAAUUACCAAGAGACGUCGAAAGGCAUGUCAAGCUUGCCGCUUCACCAAGUGCCUUCGCGUGGGCAUGCUAAAAGAAGGGGUGCGCUUGGACCGUGUCAGAGGAGGGCGUCAGAAAUACAAGAGGAGACCAGAAGGAGAGAUUCUCCAGUACACGUCUGGUGGGCCGGCUCAGCAAGCCAGUGCAACCGUGGUGAAGAAGCAAACUCCAGUGAAUGCAGUUGUCUCACACCUGCUGGUUGCAGAGCCGGACAAGUUGUUUGCUAUGCCAGACCCAGCACUUCCUGAUGGCUAUUUGAAAUCCAUGAGCACUCUGUGUGACCUUGCUGAUCGUGAAAUCGUCAUCAUUAUUAGCUGGGCCAAGAACAUCCCAGGAUUCUCCUCCCUUUCCCUCUCGGACCAGAUGAGUCUCUUGCAGAGCGUCUGGAUGGAGGUUUUGCUGCUCGGAGUUGUUUUCCGCUCACUUCCAUAUGAAGAUGAGGUUGUGUUUGCUGAAGAUUUUGUGCUUGAUGAGGAAUCUUCUCGUUCUGCCCGUCUCACUGACCUCUGCUCCUGCAUCCUGCACCUCGUCAGAAAGUAUCGCACCCUGCGUGUGGAAAAGGAAGAGUAUGUCAUGCUGAAAGCUCUAACCCUUACUAACUCAGAUUCUGUGCACAUUGAGGAUCCAGAUGCAGUUCUGCGGCUCCGUGAUGCCCUGCAAGAAGCUCUCAGUGAAUACGAAUCCGGUCGUCACCCAGAGGAGCCCUGCAGGGAUGGCAAGCUGCUUCUAACACUCCCACUACUGCGCCAGACAGCUGGUCGUGUCCUCCAGCAUUUUCAUGCGCUGCGAGAGGAGGGCGCUGUCCCCAUGCACAAGCUAUUUCUGGAGAUGUUGGAGGCUAUGAUGGACUGAUGUAAAUCAGAGACUUUUUAGGAAUAUAUAAACUUGCCCCAAUAGUAAUAAAGGGACAGUCUAUUUAAUGGGGUCACAAAAACCAAAACGUGCACUCUAAAGGAUAAGAAUGGACUGAGCAGGAGAAGAAAAUCAGGGAAUGUGCCUAAUAGGCACUGCCCUGACAAAAUAUACCGAACAAAGAUUUGGGCAGCAUUGGUGGAUGUGGCCACACAGAAUGAAUAGGAUACAGCCAUGAACAGAGUUGGCUGUAUUUAGCAAUAAGCCAUAUCAGAGUGGUUGGAGGGUAGUUAUUUAAUGCAGUUUAUGUACAUGGCCCUGAAAAUUAUAGCUACUAACCUCCAAACCAUAACCCCCCCUUCAUAAAUGUUGGCACUGCUGAGUAUGAUAUUGUUACUGUAGUUCAGGUACAACAUCCCAACUUAAUGUACAGGCCUUUAGUGUGACUUCAUGCCAGUUUAAAGGAUUUUUUAAAGUAUAAAUAUUGUUUGCUCCUAAUAUAUAAGACAAUAUAUGUAAAGUUGUAUUCUCUGAACCCCCUGCCCUACUUCAUUGUCAAAUUGUUAUCCUGUGCAACCAUAACCCCAGCUCAUUUCUGUAAAACAAACAUCAAGACUGCACUAUACAACAUGGUUGUAAAAACGUUAUGCAAUCUGACCACUAGAUGUCACUACAGUAAGGUAUAAUCCGUGGAAACUUUAUACUGCAAUAAGUGCAAAGACCACCGAGUGUCACUGUACCAGGUCAUAAAACAAUUGCCAGAGGGUGAAAUCAUUGUAUUAUUAUUAUUAUUUUUGUGUAUAAGAUAACAAUCAUUAGUAUAAUUGUGGAAAAUGAAAUGGGCAAUAAGCCACAUAAGGUAUAUGCCCACAUUUCACAAAAUAAUGUUUUUUUUCUGCAGACCAUUUAGCCAACAAUGCACUUUUUUUCAGUAAAAUUCUAAUAUUACUUUUAAUUAUCCCUUUUCCCUCUGUAUUUCCACCACAAUUUCCAGAGCCCAAGCCUGUGUUUAUGUUUAAUUAAUUUAGGCAUUGAUUGCUGUAUUCAUUUUAUUUCUAUGAUUUUAUUUCUGUUCUCUGAAGCCACCAUGAGCCCCACCUGUAUAUAAACCUAUAGAAUAAUGUGGAUAUGUAAUAUACCUCAUUGCUUAUAAAUAUAUUUAGAUCCUUGUAUACUGAUAAGGCCCAAUGGAGCCUGGACUGCAAUAAACAUCAGGGAGAUUU